UCCCCGGAACACACCUACCCUCUCUUCCAUAUGACAGCCCUUCACAGACUUGAAGACAGUGUUGUGACUCUCCCGUGAGUUAAGAGCACCAGCUGAGUCAGAGAGACCCAAGUGACAAGCGCAGCUUCACUCUCUCAGCCGUGAGAGCCAAGAUUUUCUUGCCAUUUGGGCUUCAGCAAGACUUCCUGAUACCAUCACUUUAGGGACUCUCUCCACAUUAUCUUGUGGCCAUGGCAGAUAUGUCAAUACCUUUACAUUCACUCCGAUUCAACAAUAUGCUGAGGGAAGAAAAUGUUGACCCCCAAAACAGGGGGACAGCCUUCUCUGGACCAGUACUAGAGACUCAAGCGGAGGUCCAAAUCCUGCAUUCCCAUGUACAGCCUAUAAUCUCAACAUCAGCGUCAGACCCUGGAGGGAUGUCUGCACAGUUGAUGACUUCCCCAGCCUUUGAUGCCAUGUCUACCCCUCUAAUGGGAGCACCAAACUCUGGAGCACUGUCCCCACCACUGAUGCCAGCCUCAGACUCUGGGGCACUGUCCCCAUUGCUAAUGCCAGCUCCAGAUGCAGAAGCACUGUCCCCUUUGCUAAUGCCAGCCUCAGAUUCUGGAACGUUGUCCCCAUUGCUGUCCACUUCAGACUAUGGAUUAAUGUCCCCAGGGCUGAUGACAAUUCCCGACUUUGGAACAAUGUCCGCAGCACUAAUGGCAGCAGCACAUCCUGCAGAGAUCUCACCAUUGGCAAUGCCAGCUUCAUCCUCUGGAGCGAUGUCCACACCUAUGAUGAGCACUCCAUCCUCUGAAGCGAUGUCCGCACCAUUGAUGCUGGCCCCAGAUCCUGGAGAGGUAUCUUCACUCCAAAUUUCAGACAUAAACCCUGGAGUGAUGUCCACACAGCCAAUGCCAGCUCCAGGCUCUGAAGCCAUGUCACCACUGCAAAUUACGGAUGAAGACACUGAAGCAAUGUCCAAAGUCCUAAUGACUGCUUUGGCCUCUGGAGAGAUAUCUUCACUGCUAAUGUCAGGCACCGACUCGGAAGCCAUAUCCUCACUGAUAAUGUCAGCCCUAGCUUCAGAAACAUCAGUCCAGCAAGCAAGCACCCAAGACUCUGGGGAGAUGUCCACUCAGCUAAUGUCAGGCCCAGAUUCCGAAGGAAUAUCUUCACCGCUAAUGUCAGCUCCAGGUUCUGGAGCCAUGUCUACACCACUCCUGUCAGUCCCAGAUGCUGGGGAGGCAUCCACAGUGCCAAAGGCAGCUCCAGACACUGAAACAGUGUCCCCACUGCUAAUUACAGCCCUAACCUCUGGAGUGAUGCCCACCCAACUGAUGUCAGCCCAAGACUCUGUAGUGAUGCCUCCACAGCUAACACCAAAUCUAGAAUCUCAAAUCAUGUCUACUUCACCAAUGACAGCAGCAGCCUCUGGGGGGAUGUCCACAGCACCAGUGAGAGUCUCAGACUCUGGACCAAUGUCCAUAUCAUGCACGAGAGCUCUAGCUUCUGGCAAUGUGCCAACAUUUCUAAAGACAGUCCCAGACUCUGCAGCAUUGUCCACCCCACCAAUGAUGAUCACAACCUCUGGAGCCAUGUCCACUGAGCAAAUGUCAACCAUGGCCUCUAGAGUCAUGUCUACACAGUUCACAAUGGCCAGAACUUCUGGAGCAGUGUCUACAGGCUUUAUGAAAGCGACAACCAGUGGGGCAAUGUCCACACCGCGAAUGAGAUCCCCGGCCUCUGUGAUGAUGUCCACGCCCCUAAGGAGAGUCCCAGCCUCUGGGGCAGUGUCCACACACCCAAUCACAGCCCAAGCGUCUGAGACGAUGUCCACCCCGCAACUAUCAACCCCAGCCUCUGGAGCAAUGUCCACACUGCAAAUGAGAGCCCCUGUCUCUGGAACCAUGUCUAUGUCACAGAAGAGAGCCUCAGCCUCAGGAGUGACAGCUGUACCACAAAUGAGAGCCUCAGCCUCUGGAGCCAUGUCCACCCCACGGAUGACAGUCAAAGCCUCCAGAGCAAUGUCUACACUGUUAAUGAGAGACACAGCCUCAGGAGUGAUGUCCUUGCCACAAAUGAGAGCUAUGGCCUCAGGCACGUUGUCCAAACCACUAACGACAGCCAAAGCCUCAGAAGCAAUGUUCAUGCAGCAAAUCACAACCACAGCUUCUGGAGAGGUCUCCACCAUGCUAAUGAGAGACACAGCUUCUGGAGCUCUGUCCGUCCGGCAGAUGACAGACAUCGCCUCUGUGGGGAUGUCCACACCACUAAUGCGAGCCCCAGCCUCUGGAGACAUGUCCAUACCACAGAUGACAGCUGCAGCUUCUGGAACGAUGUCCAUGCCUCUAAUGGGAGCCCCAGGCCCUGGAGGAAUACCCACAGCAUUAAUGAGAGCCACAGCCUCUGGAAAGAUGCCUAGUCAGCCAAUGAGCACCCACGACUCUGGAGGGAUGUCCAUGUCGUUCAUGAGAUCCAUGACCUCUGGAGGGAUGUCCUCACUGCAGAUGCAAACACCAGUUUCUGACAUGAUGUCUACACCAAAAAUGAGAGUCCCAGCCUCUGGGAUGAUGUCCAUACCACUAAUGAGAGCCCCAGACCCUGGAGAGAUGUCUGCACUGCUCACAAGAGCUUUGUCCUCUGGAGAGAUGUCCCCACCACUAAUGAGACCCCCGGUGUCUGGAGAGAGAUCCACAUCUUGGAGAGUCCCAGCUUAUGGAGCAAUGUCUACUCCACCAAUGAUGGCUCCAGCCCCUGGAAUGAUGCCCAUGCCACAAAUGAGGGCUGCAGUCCCCAGAGCAGUGUCCACACCGCUAAUGAGAUCCACAGCCUCUGAAGUGAUGCCCAUGCCUCAAAUGACAACCACAGCCUCAGGAGGGGUAGCCCUGCCACUAAUGAGGACCCCAGCCUCUGGAGCAACAUCCAUGCCACAGAUGAUGCCUGCAGCUUCUGGAGAGAUGUGCAUGCUAUCAAUGCGAGCUCCAACCUCUGGAGUAAUGUCCCCACCACUAGUAAGAGCCUCUGUCUCUGGAAUCAUGACCACACCACUAAGGAGACCUUCAGCCUCUGAAGCUGUGUGUGCAGAGAUAUGGAGCGGUCCAGCCUCUGGAAAUAUGUCCCCUGUGCAAAUGAGAGCCAUGGCCUCUGGAGAGAUGUCUAAGCCAUUAAUGAGAGCCACAGCCCCUGGAACGAUGCCCAUGCCAUUGAUGUCAGCCGUGGCUUCUGGAGACAUGUCUGUGCCACUAAUGAAAAGCAUGGCCUCUGGGGCAGUGUUCGCACUGCAAACAAGAGUCACAAAUUCCGGAUCCAUGUCCUUGCCACAAACAACACACACAACUUCUGGAAGGAUGCCUGCACCACCAAUGACAGCCUCAGCUUCUGGAAUGAUGUCCAUGCCACUUGUGAGAGCCACAGCCCCUGGGGGGAUGUCCGUGCCACAGAUGAGGAGCCCGGUCCCAGGAGCCAUGUCCACACCACAGAUGGCAGCUGCUGCCUCUGGAACGAUGUCCAUCCUGGAAAUCAAAGCCACAGACUCUGGAGAAACAUCUGCUUCUCAUGUCACCAUCACAGCGUCUGGAUCAAAGUCCACACCACGCACAACUGCCCCAACCGCUGAAACAAUGAAGCCACCACCAGAGGAAGUCCCAUCCUUUGGCAUGCUGACCCCAGCACUCUGUUACCUCUUAGAAGAACAGGAAGCAGCCCGGGGUGCCUGCUCGGUGGAGGAGGAGAUGGAGGUCAAUGAGGAGAAGCAAAUGAAGGGCUUUUUGAACGACUCCGAGAAAAUGGCAUUUCUGGUGUCUCUGCAUCUGGGGGCAGCGGAGAGGUGGUCCAUCUUGCAGAUGGAGGUAGGAAACCCCCUCUCCAAUGAAAACAAAUCCUUCCUGAACAGAUCACAGGGCUUAUAUGACUCCCUCUCCGAGAUAGACAUCCUCAGUGCUGUUCUUUGCCACCCCAAGCAGGGCCAGAAGUCCGUCCGGCAGUACGCCACUGACUUCCUGCUGCUGGCCCGACAUUUGUCUUGGUCUGAUGCCAUUCUACGGACCAGGUUUCUGGAAGGACUCUCAGAAGCUGUUACCACCAAAAUGGGCCGGAUCUUCCUGAAGGUGGCCGGCAGCCUAAAGGAGCUGAUAGACAGGUCUCUCUACACUGAGUGCCAGCUGGCUGAAGAGAAGGAUUCCCCGGGCAGCUCCAGCCAGGUUCUGCUGUCAGCCUGUAAACGGAAUAAUGAGGAGGCAAUGGAGAAUGAACUGAACUCUUAUCAGCAGACCGAGGAGCACCAGCAUGUUCCCAAACGCUGUUACUACCUGAAAGAGCAUGGAGACCCUCAAGAGGGUCUGCAUGACCACCUUCGACAGAGCACAGGCCAUAACAAGGCCCCCACCAACAAGUAAUGCUUUCUGGAAUCUUCUCCUGUGAUGUCUGACUCCGCUGCUAACUUGAGGACUGGUUCCUGGACCCAUUCCAUUCAAUUACAUCAUAAAUCUUGUGGCCUUCCCCCCUUCAGACUCCCCCUCCAGGCACAUCCCACCCACCCCCCAACUCCCAGUUGUUUGACUUGUCCUUCUCUUUUACCCCACAUGCCUAUGACUUGCCCUGACAAUCAGAAGUGUGGACUUCAAGAGUGUUUGGUGUGUGAGGUUCUGAACUCCUAUUGCCAUUGAGGCCAGCCCUAGUUCCUGGUCCAGGGAGAAGUCUAGGCAGGAGAAACCAUAUCCUACCUCAAAAACACCUUAGAGUGUCUUGCCACAUGUCAUCAGGCAAACGUGAGGAAGCCCUGGUCCCAUUUCACCUGGCAGGGGAACCUAUAAGGAGAGUGAUGCCCACUCCUAAACCACCCUUUUCAUAUGCCCCAACUCAUAGCACCCAAAAUGGGUCUCCAGAGCCCUUGCCCUGUUAAUAGUCUCCAUCUUGAACCAUUCAUUUUGACCCACAAUAGUAAUCAUAGUAAUGGCUGACAUUUACUGAUUAUGUAUUAUGUCACAGGUACUGGCUAAUUGACAAGCACCAUCUCACUACAUUCUUAUCAUAACCCCCAAUUUGUUCUUGUGUUGUCAACUUAUGACUUCUUGAUCUUUUGUUUAUGGCCCUUGUUUUGUUUCUCAGUGUCAAAUUGCUAGCUCUGACUCUUGGUGGCCCCCUCAGUAAUUAAGUGCCCCUGCUCCCCUUGGCUAUUGUGCUUCGUGGCCAGCACUCUUGAUAAAGGUCUUGUCUUUAAACAGGCAUAGAUAGUUAGAACUUACUAUGCACAGUAUUUGCCUUCAGGUUGGUAGGAUUGUGGGUGUUCUUACUUUCCUCUUUCUACUUCUCUGUACUUUCCAGAUUCUCUGCAGUAAGCAUGUAUUACAUUUGUAAUCAUAAAAGUCAAUAAAGUUCAUUUAUGAAAAACAGAA